AUGGCUUCCAGAGUUUGCCUUCUGUUGCUGUUACUCUUCGUUUCCGGCGGCGAUGGCGCUGCGCAGCCGCCGGCGGGGGCGGCGGCGCAGUUCAACGUGAAGGCCUUCGGCGCGGUGGCCGACGGCGAAACAGACGACUCGAAGGUGAGAUCUGGUUUGAUUCCAAUAACCCCCCCCCCCCCCGAAACUAUGCUUUGAUUCAUCGAUUUAGCAUGGUUUUUUGUGGGUAAAAAAAUAAAAAUGAUAGUCUUCUUCCUCGGGACAAAGGCCUUCCUGGCGGCGUGGGCGGCGGCGUGCGAGCAGGCAGGAGGAUCGAAGAUGGUGAUCCCUAAUGGGACCUUCUUCCUCUACCCUGUGGACUUCUCAGGACCCUGCAAUGGCCCGGUCGCGGUGGAGAUGGAGGGGACGGUGGCGGCGCCGCCGGAUCUCCACUCUUUCCCCGCCGACAAGGACGAAUGGAUCGCCUUCAACCACGUCGACCGCCUCCUCCUCGCCGGCGGCGGCACCUUGGACGGCCGCGGCGGCGCCACCUGGGACUGCGUCAGAGCCAAGAACUGCCCCCGCAGGGCCCCCCACGUAAUCACAAACCAGAAAUGAUUUCUUCCAUGGCGUUUUUUCCCUUGGGAGAUGAAAAUCGACGAUCUUUUUCUGUGGGCAGUCGGUGAGCUUCAACUACUUGAGCAACUCGACGGUGGAGAAGAUCAGAUCGAUAAACAGCAAGCAGUUCCACCUCCAUGUCUUCGCCUGCAACAACCUGACACUGCGGGGGCUGGAGAUAACGGCGCCGGCGGAGAGCCCGAACACGGACGGCGUCCACAUCGGAGACUCUGCCGGAGUGAAGAUCGCCGACAGCGUCAUCGGCACCGGCGACGACUGCGUCUCCAUCGGCGGCGGAAACAGCGGAGUCGUCGUCUCCGGCGUGGUCUGCGGGCCGGGGCACGGAUUCAGCGUGGGGAGCUUGGGAGGUUCUGCCGGUGACGAGGCGGUCGCCGGAGUUACAGUGAUGGGCUCCAACCUCACGAGGACAGAUAAUGGAGUGAGGAUCAAGACCUGGGAGAGGCCCUACGCACUGUCAGCUGCCAACCUCGUCUUCCAGGACAUCACCAUGAGCGAGGUCAGGAAUCCCAUCAUCAUUGAUCAGCACUACUGCCCGGAGAAGAACUGCGAACACAAGGUAGCAACGUCAUCUUCGUCAUCUUCGUCAUCUUCUUCUUCUUCUAGGGUUUCUUCUUCUUGUUGUUACCUCCUUCUGGAUGCAGACUCCGUCCGAAGUGAAGAUCAGCAACGUGAGGUUUCAGAACAUCAGUGGGUCCUCGUCCACGAAGGUCGCCAUUAAUCUCUCCUGCAGCGAGGCCGAGCCCUGUGAGGACAUCCAGCUGAUCGACAUCAACCUCGUUUACGUCAAUCGGAAGGAGAAUGUGGUCUCCUCAUGCUCUAACGUUCGAGGACGGACCAAAGGCACCGUGAUCCCCGCUUCUUGUCUAUGA